AUGAUUUCACCUUUACAGCGUGACGCCGUCCUGGCGGUGGCCGAGGUGGUGGUGCUGGCCAUCAUCUUGGUGAUGGCGCUGCUCGGCAACGGGCUGGUGCUUGUGGUGUUGCUAAGGCGGAGAGGACACCACAACCCGCUGCACCAGUUCAUGCUUAACCUCUGUCUGGCCGAUCUGGUGGUGGCGCUGUUCCAGGUGUUGCCCCAGCUGGUGUGGGAUGCUAAAGGCCGCUUUCCUGGCCCGGACUUCCUGUGUCGCCUGGUGAAAUACCUGCAGGUCCUCGGGAUGUUCGCCUCCUCCUACAUGAUCGUAGCCAUGACGAUGGACCGGCACUACGCCAUCUGCUGCCCCCUGCAGGCGCACCGCAGCGGCGCCACCCAACGCUGGAACAGCUUCAUACUGCUGGCAUGGGGACUGUCACUGCUGCUCAGCCUGCCACAGGUUUUCAUCUUUUCCCGUUCAGAAGUGGCUCCAGGUGUCUACGAGUGUUGGGGCAACUUUGCUGAGUCGUGGGGCCUCAAAGCCUACGUGACCUGGAUGACCCUGGCUGUCUUCAUCCUCCCUGCCCUCGUCAUCACUGUCUGCCAGGUGCAAAUCUUCAUGGAGAUCCACAACAGUCUGCACCUGAAGUCAGAGCGCCGCCUGUCCCCGGCCUCCCUCUCCCCAUCCAGACGGGACAGCCAGAGAGCGGGCGGGGGAGGUGGGCGCUCCGCGGCCAUGUCAAAGACAGUGAGGAUGACGCUGGUCAUAGUGCUCGUCUACUCGCUCUGCUGGGCCCCGUUUUUCAGUGUCCAGUUGUGGGCCGCCUGGAACCCCGACCCAUCCCAGAACGGUGCAGUGUUCACCCUGCUGAUGCUGCUGGCCAGUCUGAACUCGUGCACCAACCCGUGGAUCUACUCGGCCUUCUCCAGCAGCGUCUCCCCGGAGCUCCGGCUGCUGCUGCUCUGUCGCACCGCCUCACAGCGCCGGGGCUCGUUACCGAACGACUCCACCACCACACACAACUCCAACUGCUGAACAACACAGUCAAGUGCAAAAUCUUGUAAUGAUGGGACACGUGAAUAAAAAGUCUGUAUAUUGUACUAUCCACAGUAUGCUAUAAAACUAGAGCGCUUACUUUUCCACAUUGCUGUUUAAAGAAUAGUUUUUUGACAUUUUGGGACGUUACUCGCUUUCUAGCGGAGAGUUGCCUUUUUCACCACCGAGUGAGUACGCAGCGCCCAGGUCCUCGGUAGUCUCGCAUUGACAGACAGCGAUGUGGAGUACCGUUAACGUUAGGUCCUCGGUGAUGUGGACACGGAUACCAGGGUACCAGGGUACUUGAAGCUGUCCCUCUCCACCGAGGACCCGUUGAUAUGACUCUAGUCUGCUGGCAAAAGAAGACGUUUGGUCACCCUAACCUACCAGCAUUUCUUAAACUCACAAAUUAACACAUUUGAUCUCAGGUACCAUAUAUUAAUCCGAAGAAAAAACUAUGUAUUUAAAGGAAAAUACACUGUUUAAAGAGAUUUGUACUGGACUAUUUAUUGGCUUGGAACCGCCCAUUGCAAAGCAAACGUUAGUAGGCAGUAAACUGCUCUUAUCCAAGAAAUAGUCGGGUACAUCAUGUAACCCCACGUAAAAACGUCAUAUUGUCAAUUUUAUAUUUUUAUGUUUUUUGUACAGAUUAAUAUAAAGUUGUAUGUGAGAUGAACCCAUUUUAAUUAGUUUAGAGGUGCUGGUGCGGUAGGUUUAUCUUGUUUGUUUAAUUUGUAGACAAAAACUUAAGUUUUCCUCUAGGAAGUCACUGCUACCAGCCACAAAAUAAUCCGACACAAACCCACAAUUUGUCAUUUUUAAAGUUUAUACAAAUUAAACAAACAAUAAAUAACAUGCCAAUAAGUGUGCUUCGAGGUUUUAGGGUGAUUCUGCUAAAUUUCAUUUGAUAGUGCCCAAAUAGCCGUUUUCAGUAAGCUAAGCGAAUCGGCUGCUAGCGUAGCUAUGCCAUAUGCAUCAUACUGAUCCCUGGGCAAGGAAGCAAAUGGUAAAUAAGGCUAAUAAUAUUUCUCACAAUGUCAAACUUUUUCUGUAAGUACAGUGUAGAUACAAACUGCUGUAAUACAUUUUAUAAAAUGUAAUUAC